UCAGUUGAUCGAGGAUUCCCUGUGUCAUGUAAACGUCUUCCCACCGUGAAAAGGUUGCCAAUCAACUUCACACUGACACCCUGGAAUGCGGUCAUGUCAUUAUACCGUAGCUAAACUAGAGCUGUUGCUGAAGCUGCGCGCGGUGCCUUGGUUCAGAGCGCUUGGAAACCAAGCACUGUAGACCGUGGACCAAUCAGGGAGCAAUAAGCGGGACAAGCCGCUUGGCCUCGUAAACAUAUCAGUCGUUGUUACUUAUUCAACCGGCAAACUGCCUCACUACAAUGCUUGGGAACAAAAUAUGCUACAAUGCUCAAACCAUUGCGGACGUGGAUUAAAGGGAUCGCUUCACUCAUUCGAAGACUUUUGAGUUUUCACACAUAAUGCCUUAUAUUAAGUUUUUGUUCUUACUUUUUUGCGUGGUACUUAUCGGGGAAUGCCGAAAGCACAAAAGUAGGAAAAGGCGGUGGUCCGGGGCGGUGGAAUCUUACAAGCAUGGCGCUCCCCUGACUGGAAAAAGGAUGGUUGACAACACCAAAUCUCGCAAAUUGAAGACAGACAACCUGCUGCGAGUGGAUGACCAUGAUUUCACCAUGAGACCAGCCUUUGCAGGCCCUGCUGUCCCUGUGGGGGUGGAUGUUCAGGUGGAGAGUUUGGACAGUAUAUCAGAGGUGGACAUGGACUUCACCAUGACCCUGUAUCUGAGGCACUACUGGAAAGAUGAGAGGCUGUCCUUUCCCAGCACAACCAAUAAGAGCAUGACGUUCGACGGGCGCCUGGUCAAGAAGAUCUGGGUGCCUGAUGUGUUCUUCGUCCACUCCAAGAGGUCGUUCAUUCAUGACACCACCACUGAGAACAUCAUGCUCAGGGUGUUCCCAGACGGACACGUGCUCUACAGCCUCAGGGUGACGGUUACUGCUGCCUGUAACAUGGACUUCAGUCGUUUCCCUCUGGAUUCACAGACCUGCACCUUAGAGCUGGAGAGCUAUGCUUACACGGACGAGGACCUCAUGCUGUACUGGAAGAGUGGGGAUGAGUCCCUGAGCACGGACGACAGGAUCUCUCUGUCUCAGUUCCUCAUCCAGAAGUUUCACACUACCUCCAGGCUGGCUUUCUACAGCAGCACAGGCUGGUACAACCGUCUGUACAUCAACUUCACCCUGCGACGCCACAUCUUCUUCUUCCUGCUUCAGACCUACUUCCCCGCCACUCUGAUGGUCAUGUUGUCCUGGGUGUCCUUCUGGAUCGACCGUCGGGCCGUACCGGCCAGGGUCUCAUUAGGUAUCACCACGGUGCUCACCAUGUCCACCAUCAUCACUGGAGUCAACGCCUCCAUGCCCAGGGUUUCCUACAUCAAAGCUGUGGACAUUUACCUCUGGGUCAGUUUUGUGUUUGUGUUCCUAUCGGUGCUGGAAUAUGCUGCCGUCAACUAUCUGACAACGUUGAGGGACGGGAAAGAUCGGAAGCUCAGGGAAAAGGCCAGAGAGCAGUCCCUGGGCCUGGCGAGAGAACAGUCGCUCCCCUGCACAUGUGGCAUGUCCCACACCGGGACCAUGAUGGUGGACGGGACCUACAGCGAGUCCGACACCAACAGUCUAGCCGGGUACACCAGGGCCCCCGCUCCUGAGGACCCCCCGGAGAAGCAGGAACGCAUGGUGGUGCACAUCUCCUUGGACAACGAGUCCACGGCAACCAAGAAGAAGACGCGCUUCCGCAGCUUCAGUUUCAUGCAGAACACCCACGCCAUAGACACCUACUCCCGCAUGAUCUUUCCUGGAUCCUACAUCAUUUUCAACCUCAUCUACUGGUCUGUGUACUGCUGAGGCUCUCCCGGACAGCCUUGUUACAGUCAGCAGAGAGACAAUCUACUGAUGUCGCUGUACCAGAUGAAACAGGACCGUUAUUUAACUCUGACGGACAAACUGAUUGACUCAAAGUGGUAAUGACCUCCAUAAUGCACAUUGAGGUGGUGGAUUUCUUAUAACACCUGUGCUCACCAGCAGCACUCACAAAUGUUUUCACAGAUCUCUAGAUGGAUAACACCCUUCUAUCCUCACCAUCAGCUACAACCAUCUUACUACUUGAUUCAACUGUACAGCUUUCCUUUUUUUUGCUAUAUAAACUAUUUACGCAACCAUGCAGGUCCAAGCACAAACUAUGAUGAAUUUUAUACUCAUGGUACUGUCAAAGCAGGAAAACUAUCUGUAUUACUGAUAGUGUACGCACUUCUAAAAUGGACUGAGUGUUGCCCAAGCUUGCCUCUUUAAGCAGAACACAGAAAGCUUGAUCCAUAAUGUGAGGGUUUGACCUCUAAAUCGACUAUGUUGAUUUGGCAAGCAUCAAUUGCUCAUGAGCAAAUUGAAACACAGCCACAGACUCAUGUCUUCGAGGAAUGCAACAAGUGUUAUUCUUUUUAACAGCUGAUCAUGAUUGAGCAAACCACACAAAAAAUCUAAAUCUACAUUUAUACAAGCUGGAAUUUUCAUGACACAGAUGUUCACUUAGAUUACAGUAUUUCAGUAUUUAUCUAUUCAUUAUCUAUUUAUUCAAUUAUUUAUUCAUUUUAGGCCUAUCAAUUUACUUACUUAAUAAAUGUUUAGUGCACUAAUAUGCCAUUAUACCUUAAGUUGUUAAAAAACAAUGCAUGGGGCUAAAUAGGUUUUUUCAUGGCUGGCCACAGAAGUUGUGAGGGUGGGUACCAUUAAUGAAUGCUUAUGUGAACUAUCAUUCAGCUUGUUUCAGGAACUCAAUGUUAUCAACCAAUUAAAGAGUUGUUUCUGUUUGUAUAUUAUUCAGAAGGGGUUUUAAAGACGUAUAAACCUUUAUCAGUGAUGUAUUGAACUUGAACAGCCUUAAGUGACCUGGUUUCACGGCUAUAUCUUUUGUGUUUGUUUGUUUGAUUGACUGUUUGGAUUACAAGUGACUGCAUAUUGCUUUUUUAUAUCCAGUAUUCUAUCCAACCAGUAUAUUAGUACACAUGGUAUUGUAUGUAGUAUGUAGGUAGCCACAAGCAUGAGCUGGAUUUACUAGGCAUCCAUAUUGCCACUGUAGACAUGUCAGCAUGUAGGACAAAUGCUCAACCAACACAAAUCACCUCAUACAGAUGCUUGUCCACAAGCUGCACAACUACUGUAGACUGAUUAUUGUUGCGUCAGAAUAUUUAGAAUGUAUGCUUUUUGGAGCAGUUUUUUAAAUAAAGGCUUUAAGCUGAAA